GAAAAAAUAUUUUAAAUAAUGAGUUUGCCUAUCAUUAAAAAUUAAAGGAAUUAAAUUUAAAGCAGGUACCAGUGCAUCCAUUUUGUAUCAAGUUUAGUCGCACUUGGAAAAGAAUAUUAAAAGUUAUGGAGGGGAGCAGAGUUAAAAACUGGUACUGUAUUUUCACAUACGUUCCAAAAAAAAUUAGUUGAUGACAAAAACGUUGUGUAAGAUAGUGUGAAAAUUUAAAAAAUGAUGACUCAUUGUCAUCUUAUGACAAUGGUUAUGACAAGAUGUGUAACUAAAUAAAUAAACACUUGAACAUAUUUGCAUUACAAACUUCUCCUUUCUUAGCAUAUACGAAGAAAGAGCACGUACUUCUAUUGAAAAUUGAAAAUUUGUAUUAUAUCAUUAACGUAUAUUAUUUAAUAUUAUUUUUUAUCCCAUGUAUCAGAAAAUUAAAAAAGCUUGAAACCGUAAAUGUUUAAAUGGCUGGUGUCAUUGUGAUCAAAUAAACAUUUGAUCACAAUGCGUAUAAUGAAUAUACGUCAUUAUAUGGUCAAGUAGACGAAAGUUAUAGCGAUAAGUUGUCAGGGUAACCGAAAAAAAGUAAUAGUGAUAGAUUGUUUUUUUUAAUUACAGAGAUUGGGGACUUGGAUUCAAUCGUAAAGAAGCCUAAAUAAUAGAAGCGAGCGUUCAAUGAAAACAAUAAGGGUUGGUUUGUCAUAAACUUUUAGAUUUCAGCGAAGAAAGUUCAACAGCUUUUAACGUCAGCACGUUUUUUAACAAAAGAUAAAUAUAUAUUUAUAUACAAAUAUUUAUAUAAAAAAUCUGUUUCACGGCCGAACAGCAUUUAACGUUGAAAGAAUAUCAGGACAGGACAUAUAAUUACAUAUAUAUAUAAAAGAAAUCUGUUACACUGUGGGCUUCAUGAAUAUCAUUAUUAAACAGCCCCAAACUCGUCCCCAGCGCUUUUUGUGUCUUUUUUUUAACGAACAGACAAAAGUUGCUGGGACGAGUUUGAAACAGCUAUUUAAAGAAAAAGGUGGUGGUCUUAUUAGAUGAGCGUUUAUUAAAAGAAAAUACUGAAAGGACAAAACAAUAAAUUGAGAAAGAAUUUAAGUAAACGUAGCGAGCGUUUAUCCAGAGCAUUACAGUAAAGAAGAUAAUUAUAACCAUGGAUUUAAUUAAAACCAUGGAUUUUGUUGUUUACAAAAGUAGAGCGAUAUGAACUUUGGACAUAUCAUCUGAGGUAGACGAAAGUGAUAGCGAUAGGAGAAUGAGAGUAAUUAAAUAAAAAUGGACGUGUAUUGAUUUAUUGACGUCAAAUGUUAAAAUGGAAAUAAAUAAAAGACAUUAAAAUACAAUCGUGCAUUUCGGCCUUUAUGUAAGUUAAGCCAGUUCGACUUCCUAACCUCCUGACUAGGAGCAACCUCGUUCCCAGGGCAUCUUGUAUCUUUUUGACAUCACUUUUUAUUGUUUACUGAAACCUUCUUCGGUGAAGAGACUAUUUAAAGCUAGUCCACGGAUUUGUUUGCCCUUUUUACACCGCAUUGCGUGUGUCUUGCUACUUGCGUAACAGACAGACGUAGACGGGUAUUAAUAAUAUAGAUUAGUCGUGGAUAAAGCUAUAUAUUCCAUAGAUUUAAGUUUGUAAUUAUGUCUAUGCAGAACGACCUUAUUUGUAAUUAGAUAUAAUCAUUAAUAAUAUAUAAUUGCAUGUUAUUUUUGUAUGUAAGAAUAUUUCUUCUACAAAAGCGACUAUAAAAAACAUCCCCCAAAAACUUCCAUUUACAUUCUUGAUUGGUUAGAACAAAUCACGUUACAAAAUUAAAGUCAUUUCACUUGCUAGGAAUUUCAUUGUCUGCCAAUUUAAUCUUACUGGCGGGUUGUGUAACUACAAUGAAUGUAAAUACUUUGUCACAAAUUUAUGUUGGGACAUAUUCACGUUGCCUAUUUUGUUUAAAUCUAUUUCAUUGAAUUAACAAACGUUUUAUGAUAAGAAACAACAAAUUAAAAAAAAUUUCUGCACGUGGUUUCUUCCACGGGUUUAAAAAUUAGUACAUUACUACGCUAGUUCUAGUCUGUCUGUAACAAGCAAAGUAGAUGUGUUGUUUUUGAUUAAAAAAAUAGCCGUAGCAACAUUUCACAUUUGCCAAUUUAUAUUGUUUAAAUAACACUUGGGGCAUGAAGAAAAAAAUCCGGUAAAUUCGGACUUGCUAUGGAUUCCAAUUGUUUUGUCAAAUGAAGAAAUUAUCUACAAUUAAAUCCAUGAUAAAAUGUCUGUUCCGCCUGUAAGUGCAGUUUUGCAGACUUGAUUCAUCCGUGCUUCGUCGGCGUUCACCUCCGCAUUAGUUAAGAACCGCAUGGCAGGAUUUCUUGUGUAAGACCUGGUUACCAACGACGAAGGGGUCAGGCAAAAGAGAUUCAUGUCUACGUAGUUCUUUUAACUAAGUCAGGAGUCGGUGAAUUAGCUAGGAUGGUCAGGUUGGCUAUGAAUAGGCUUGCUAAUGGAUAAAAAGUGUUUGACCAAGACGGAAAUCUAUCGAAGUUUUGUCCGAUGAACGUUCUAAACGAGCUAAGGACAUCUCCGAACAAACUGGAAAUGUGGCAAGCAUUUUGUCUGACGAGUCUCCAAAAAUUAUUUCGAAGGUUGCCAUCGCACGUGUUUUAUGCGUGUGCCAAGGCAUGCGCGUACGAUCGCACGCCUCUUCUGUUAUUUUUAAUUUAAAAUCAAAUAUUCUCGUCGUCAACUUAAUUUGUGUGAGAAAAAUCAAUUUCAGGUAUUUAUUCACUUUCUUUGAAGCCAGUAUACACCCCCAUUCGGACCUGGAUAUUCUCUACGUAUCCUAGACACGACACAAGAUUGUAUCACCCGACGAACACCUUUUCCCAAGUGGUUAUGAACAAACCAAUAAAAUUGGCGGUAUGCCGCAUAUCGAUAAGAUCUAAAAAUAUCAUCUUCAAAAAAGAUUGGAAGCAAGAGUGCUAGCGACCUAUUUGUUAGAAACUUCGUCCUUUUUUUAAGUCUACGGCUUUCCUGAUUGUGAAUAGCGACUAUCGCUGUCCACAAAGUGUUGUUUAAAAUCACAACAGCGUUGAAAUCUUCGUGCUCUGUUAUACAUUUCUUAUCAAAAACACAACAGAAACCUUAUACCCAGGCGCUCAUUUAUAAUACAACCAAAAGAAAAAUGUGAGGUCAAAUUUUACAGGUAGCGUAGCUGGAAGUAAUUUAUAGUGUCCACCUCGUUACAGCAUAAACAGUCAACAGCUAUAGGCAUCCUUUCGCACUUUUGCACAUAGGCACCACUCACUGAUCUGGUGUGUCUGCUUCAUUGUCAUUAUAAGAGGGAAUUUUUUGUUUGUUAUUGAGUCGUUCUGGCUCAAACUGAAAUUCAAUUAUGUUUACAUUUCUGUUUGUGAACAUGAUUGAUAAUUGUAAAAAAAUUCUAUUGGAAAUAUCAUUAACAUUUUUUCGUUAUUUCUCUAACUGCAUGCGCCAAUCUCUACACGGGGUAAAUCAAUGAAUACGUCAUUGCAUAAAUUGCGCAUAUUAAUGUUUUACCCAGUCCUUUUCCGCUUUCGAAGUUCAGUAAAGAUUAGGAUUGAGAAUGGCAUAGUCAAGUAAACAAAUUCAGUUUAAACUUAAGCUGGAUUUCCAUCAGUGCGAGUUCUCUUAUCGCUCUGGCUUUUUUUGACCCAUUGAUUUUUUUUCGCACUGGUGGAAAUUCCAGAGCGACAAUUUUUUUGCUCUUAUCGCCCAAUUUCAGUGCGAUAGUUAGAGCGACAAUUAUCACAAAGUUUUAAUAUUUAUCGCUCUGAGUUUUCGCCCGAAAGUGCAACUUCAACGAAAUAUCGAAUGUCCUUUUAAAGAAAUUAAAUAGAUUCUAUUGAAGUGUAACUUCAGCACAUGCUUACACGUGUUGAGCACAAGAAAUAGUUUGUGUUAUGAAGCGAGCAGUGUUGUAAAACAAGUUUUUAUUAAAUGGGAAAAACAAAUAGGUGCAACUUAAAGGGAAGAUGAGUACUUAGCAGUGGCUGUUCGAAAUUUUAUUAUGUCUAUACGACAAAAGUUGCAAAAGAGUAUCGAGAAAAAAGAUCGAGUGGCAAUUGCUUGGAGGAAAGUUGAGGAUGAAUUAGGAUGCGAAAAGGGUAAAGUUUAUCCUUUUUCGUCAGUUCAAUGCGCUAUAUUUUUGCGCUGUUAAACCUUGAGCGUAUUCAGCUUCUUCUAUUACUUAAUUAGAAAAAAUGUUUUUUAAAUUCAACUGUUUUAAGGUUAAGCUUUUCAAAGAUGGGACAACUUAAAAAAGAUACAGCAAGGAAAGGAAUAACCUAAGAAGGAAAUUUGCAUUGGGAUCAGGUUUGGCUGACGUUGAAUCGUGUGUCAAAUUUUAAAGGAAUACUCUUUUUUGUCUUGGCUUGAUAAGUAUUCAAAUUAGAGACACAAAAUCAAAUAUAACGGCUCCGGAGGAUGAGGAGGAUAUUGAUUCUUAUUCGGAGGCGGCGGUUGAAAUUAUUUAAAUAACAAGAAUGACCCUACAACAAAAUCACCAAGUUUGGCCAAGAUGACAACUAUUGCCCUCAUUGUGCAAUUUCACUUCUUAAAUCAGUUGAUUAUGCACUCCUUUCAAUUCUCUUUCUCUAUAAAUUUGACGAACACGAGAAAAUGGCGAUUUUCUUCGUCUCUUUUUUUUACUAUUAAGGCCACAGCUUCUUCUUUUUUCUGAACUGUCUGCCAUCUUGAAAUGCGUGUGUUCACAUAAGAAAAUUUCGCACAAAUAAUAAUAUGAAUAAUAAUUUGAAACUCAUUUAGAGCGUAGAACUCCUGUCGCACUAAAAUUUUGUGUAAUUUUAGAGCUAUAGGAAGAUUCGCUCUAAUGGAAACCCACCUUUAUAAAAGACAAUUUUGGUUGUAUUUAAAUACUUUUUUCUUUACUUUUCCAUGUAACUAAUAUCAAGUUUUGAUUUUUUACCGGGCAGUACCUUUAUAACGCGUAAAAACCUUUUUGAAAAAUUUUGCGCAACUUCGGUUUAACCCUAUUCGGUCUGGUGGGGGGGUGACGGUUUUUUUAAUAACUCCUGAUUGCUUUCUUAUAUGGCUAUGAUACUUACUGAGUUUCACCAUUUAUCUAUUAGACACCUGCAUGCUAAAUUAUUAGGUCCCAUACCUUUCAGAGGCUUUGAUAUUGGCCAUUACUCGAAACUACCCCUAAAAUCUCUAUGAAAUCCUUAUAAUGGGGAAAAUAUAAUAACUCCUGUUAGGAUAAUCCUUAGAACUUGAAACUUGCAAGCUUUGUUUCAUCAAGAAGAAUCAUUUUGAAUAAUUUUAACACGUGACUAUUCCGAUUUCCCGAUUUUGUCGGAUUUUACCCGAAAAUCCGGAAAAAAUGGAUUGUCGGGCAAUUUUUGGCAAUUUUUUAUUAGAUCCAUGUAAAAACCGGAAGAUAUGUUAAAAGAAUUUUAUUUAGCUUUCAGAAACUUCAAACAGAAUGUAAAAAUUCGCUCUAGAACAAAAGUAAUUAUUUUUUAAGCAGAUAGUGGCAUUUUUAACAAUUUUCAAGCCUCUGAUGACGUCACAGAAAAUGUGCUGACGCAAGCAAACAUUUUUUGCCACCAUUUUGUUCCUUUUAUGACGUACUAUAAGUGUGCCAAGUUUGAUUCAAUUUGAACAAUCUUAUGAAAAGUUAUUGAGGGGGGGCGGAAUCCGCCAACCCCCCCCCCGGUCAUAGUAUGUUCGAAAAACCCCGGACCGAAUAGGGUUAAAUAAGUCUAGUUUUGAAUUUAUUUUGCUUUAUGAUCAUUUUUAUCAUUUACCAGUCAGCUAUUUCAGGUUAACUGUCUAUAAGUUUUUUUUAUCACAAAUAUUUAUGUGGUUUACUUGCGAAGGUUUAUUUUAAUCACAUGCGUCAUCUGUAAAGAGUACUCACCAGACCACAGACAUUUAUGUCAACAUUCUUUGAUCUCUUUAAUAAAAGCCGUAUUCUAUUUGUCUGCUUGCACGCGAGAAAAAAAGUCGUGUUGCGGAAACACGAAAUGCGAACAGUAUAAUAACUAUUAAAUAGUAUUAUUGUAGUUUUAUUUAUUUUUCGAAUUUUUAUUAGACACCUUUUGAAUUUUCAUCAAAUUUUGUGUUGGAAGUGAUAAAAAAGGGAAAGUGAACAGAGAUGUCUGCUUUUUGUCGAUAACAGCGCUGGUUAAUUAAUCAAGUUUUGAAUGUAGGUAAUCCCCAGUUACCUAGGGUGGAGCAGCUGAUGCCAGUUGCGUCUAAAAGAUUUCCCUUUUUUAGCCUCACACUCAAAAGUGCAAUGCAAUGGCUUCGCUAAUUUUAUAACGGAUUGACGGCAGUCUAAAAGGCUUUAACGUCUUGACGUAACGUCGAUAAAGUUAACAAAUUAGACAUAACGGUUUUAGCGGCUUCAAAAGAAAAUGAAAACAACCCAUUCUUCUUAUACACUGUCACCAUAUUAUGAUAAAGGAUUAAAUAAGUAAAUUAGUUCUCUCGAAGUGUGUUUAUUACUACAAACUAGUCGUUAUCCCGUGAAAAAAUUCACAAGAAUUCAUCUGCCAGGAAUAUCCACGAAAAUAUUCCCGUCACCAUUUGCAGCUACCAUUUGACACAGUGAGUAUCCUAAUAUAGACUAGUCGUUAACCCAUAAAAAACACACGAGGUGUCCCGUCUUUAAGUUACACGUUACUUUGUGUGCCCGUAACACGAUAUGUUUUUUGCGACAUGCACGCAGAAUAUGGCUGUUGUUAAUUACACUUGUUGGCAUUCCGUGGAAAAAUCCAAGAACCACCGGCGAUUCAAUAUAACACCAAAUAUAUUAAUCAUGUAUUUAAAGAUGUUAUCUAGAUAAGAAGAUUAAAUUGGCUGGGGCACUUGGAAAGAAUGGAGGAGGAUAAUUGGGUAAGAAAGUGUAGAGACUUGAUAGUUCCUGGGGCAAAGCCCAGAGGCAGACCGAGAAAGACUUGGCAGGAGGUUAUAAGGACAGACUUGAUAGAGAGGAAGUUGAGUUUAGAUCUAACACAGUCUAGAUGAGAUUGGAAGAGGGUCAUUAAUAUACCCCGUCCAACCCAUGCUAGCAUGGAAAACAGACGUUAAGCCGAGAAUGAUGAUGAUAAUGAUUAUGAUGCCAUAAUAAUAGAAUUUUAUGACUAACUGUAUCGAAUGCUGUGCUGAGAUCAAUAAGGUUUGAAAUAUUUCUUGACUUAACUGAAUGAUUGCAUGAUCAGUUGACUGGCCUGCUUGAUAGCCAAAUGUCUUAUUAUACUCGCACCAUGUCGAAAUUUAAGUUUAUGUAUAUUUUUAAAAGCCUUGGGCUGUUUUCCUUACUGAUAGCGUUGCGUAAAUAGACUGUGGUAACACAUGGGUGUUAAAGCACAAGCUGGAGUGUUUCCAUUCAGACUGAAGAAGUAAAGAGGGGUAGAGUGGAGCAAAAUUCGAAAACGUACUUCAAAUUCCAAUCUUAUCUUUUGUUUUUUCAAACCAAUCAAAAAUCAGUUAUACAAAACUUUAACCCGCAAAAUUAUAUCUUAAAAACAAAUUAGGAGCUGUGAAGUCUUAAAUUGUAAAGAAUUCGUUAAAUAGUCUCCCUUUUUUAAUAUUAUUGUAAGAGAAAGUAAAAAAAUGUGAUCUCACAUUUCAGAUCUCACAAACAAAUAAAGCAAUACGGUAAAAUUAAAAAUAGCCAUUUUGCAAAUUGUUUAUCGGUGUAUUACAACCUAUAUACUGAAUAACUAAGUGAGUAGUAUUAAAACUAUGAUUUUUUUCGUAGAAACAACGAACAAACGCACUAAUAAACAUUAUAUGUAGAAACAGAAGAAACGUUCUGUUAAGAGCAUUUUUGAAGAAAGAACGUCAACGCGGAUAUUAUAGUCAUGGCAACGGCAGUACCUCCAACAGGAUCUUCUCACCACGCAUUGAUCACUAACAAUGAAUAUCAAAUUAAAUUGGUCACGCUUCUCAAUGAAUGUUGUGACCACUUACGUGAAAUUUUACAUGAUCCUGCCCGUGGCAACAUGCCAAGAGAUAAGAAACAAUUAUAUCUGUCAUUAAAACAAUAUAAGAAACAUUUAAACCAUUUGAAAAGAGAUCAGCUGGAAAUCGUUUUUCCACAAGAUAAGGAAACAGAUUCGGGAUUGUUUGACAUCACUAUUUUAUGUGACGUUCUAAUUAAUUGUUGUCACGGUAUACAAGCACCAAUUGGUGGAUGGAGGACCAGAAAACUGCAACCAAAUGAUUUCAGUGUCGGUGCUGACAUCAUUCGAAUCAGAAAUGAGCGCAAUAAUGUUAUGCAUGGAAGAGCAAUGAGUUCAGCACAAUAUAAUCAGCUAUGGAAUGCCAUAGAAGGUAUAUUAAGAAGACUCGGAUACGACAUAACAAAAAUUAAAGAUUUGAAAUCUGGUUGCUUGAAUGACUUAGACUUAUUUAAGAUCAAAAUUAUCAAAGCAGAUACUGAAAUUUUAGAUUUCAAUGUUAACAAUAAUAAAGACAGUAUUCAGCAAAACGAAGAUGGUAUUAAACAAAAUCAAGGUGACAUCAAAGCAAAUAAAGACAGUAUUCAGCAAAAAGAAGUUGGUAUUAAACAAAAUCAAGAUGACAUCAAAGCAAAUAAAGACAAUAUUCAGCAAAACAAAGGUGGUAUUAAAGAGAAUAAAGAGAAUUAUAAUCGAUUAGCAGCCGAAGUGGAAAUAGUAAAGCAAACUAUUUCUUCAUCAUCAUGUGAUCAGAAGAGUUCUCAGUUGGAAGAAACUAUAAAAGAACAACCCAGCUAUAUACUAUUAAAAAAUUUCCGGGGAGAUUUUCUAAUACAAUUUGAAGAUGGCUGCUCGCAGUGGUCUAUGAAAAGUGUACAAGUCAUCAUUACUGAAAAUUUUGCGAUACAAUCAAUAGAACUUCAUGUCGACAACGAUUACAUUGUGGAAGAAGAAGAAGGGAAACUAAUCCUGAUUAUUUACAAUCACAUUGCCGAAUUUAUUAAUGGGUUAUCAGUUACGUUAGUUGACAGUGAAAGUAAAACUCAAUUGAUUCCAAUUAAAGAUAUUGCACUGGUCCGAGCACAUAUGUGUACAACCAGCUAUUUUGAUGUUAGAACCCACAACAGUGGAAGAAUAUCUGAACAGAUAAAAUGCAUUGUAGGAGCAGAAAGAGAAGAAACAAAUAUUGAAUUUAUAUGUGGUGGUAGCCUGCAAACAAUGGAACCUGAGGAGUACGAAGCAUUUGAAAGAGAUUACAUCCAGCGUUAUUUCACCGUCAAUGGUGAAUGCAUGGAAGAACCACUCCAAAUUCCACCCCCAAUGCCAAACGUCACACAUUCCUUAUUCGCACAAAAGAUAAAGGAUGUUAUAAUCGAAUUACAACAUCAUAUGUUUACAAUAUUUACUCAUUAUAGCACGAAGGAACAUAUUCGAUUUCUAAAACUGGAUAAAGAAUUUUCUUUGAGUUUGGAAAGCACAAUUACUGAUAACAAAAGAAUUCUACUUGUGUUGCCAAAUUAUAUCGUCAACAUUAGAUAUACAGAAACAACCGACGCAGUAAGAAUACAAGAUGAAGUCAAAGCAGGCGAAGAAGACUUGAAGGAGCUAUCUAUCAUCACUAAAAAAUAUUUUAAAAAUGGUCACCUGACAAUGGUAAAUGUUGUAGCUGCACCACAUUUUGCAGAUAUCGAAAAUAUCCACCUUUGUGUUGACUGCAACUUACUCUCCAAAACAACUUUGGCUGAGGACAAAAAUAUGACGAAGUUCUUUUCAAAUAUUUUGCAAAGCUCACAAGUACAAAAUAAUGUUCAGGACAACAAGGAACGGUAUAUCAACAUAGUUGGUAAAGUCAUGUGUUUUAUGGCUACAAGAAAAGCACUCUAUUCUGUUCCUUCACUCAGUAACAACGUCCACGAACAAAUAAGCUCGUUAAUACUUUCUCCACAGCAACUCCGUCAUUUAUACAACAACUCUUUAAAAAAAAUUAUAAUCGGUCCUCUAGGCAGUGGUAAGACAGUGCUAGCUUUAGCACAUUUGGAAAUAGCUUACGAGCGCUCUGAGAAUAGAUCGAUCAUAUACUAUGUUAUUUGGGACGGCAACACAUUGCUGAAACGGGAUAUUGUCAAUCUUACUAAAAGAUUUAAUUACAAAGCCGCUGUCGAAGUUGUUGUAAAGGAUACUGUCGAGUUAGCUAAGGAUUUGAAAAUGAAUGAAGUGCCAACACCAUACCAGCUAUUAGAGUCAUUGGUUAAGAAACAUGUUGACCAAAACCUGCAUCUAAUAAUUGAUGAAUUAAAUGGAGAGUUCUUUAACAAGGAAGAAUCAUCUUUGCUUAAACACUAUCUGGAAACUGAAGACAAAUUAAAUAACUCCUUCAUCAUUUUUUUCCCACAAUCCAUUGAGAAACAUAGAACAUUAAUUUCACACCAAAGAGUCACAAUACAUGACAAGUACAAGUAUGAAGAAACAGGAAUGAAAGUAUUAAAACUUAACAGAGCAAUGAGAACAACCCGGAUAAUCUUUCAGUUUUUAAAGGCAUUUGAAAAUGAAGUAGAACAAGACAAGGUAACAAUGAAGCUUCCCGAUCAGGAAUCAAAAGGUGGAAUGUCCACCAAAACAAAUAUCGAAAAAAUACUGAAUUUCUUUUCCAAAAUUUGGAAAAAACAACCACAACAGCGGCAAGAGCCACAACGGCGACAACAACAGCAGCAGCAGCAGCAGCAGCAGCAGCAACCACCACCACCACCACCACCACCACAACAACAACAACAAGGACAAACUACCAGUAGCAAUGUCACGCCGAUAAUAAAAGGAGAAGAAGAAGUAUUUGAAACACCGGUUGAUAUUGAUGUCAUUGCAGCUUCCAUACAAGAUGGGGAUCUUUCGGGUAAUGUUAGAAUUGACACUUCAUUGAAAUUUAAUACAGCUCAUUCAAUCGGUCAUAAUAUUGAAGGAACAAAACCGUUAUUGAUACAUCCGGCAAAUACUCCAGCAACAGACAAAGAGUUUAUACCAAUGUUAGCACUUGUUUUACAAGAUGUAUGUUUGCAUCGUGCCACUAAACGUUUGUUCAUCUAUAACACAAUACCUCAAAAAGCUAUUUUUCAUAGAUUACUAAGACUAUUAAAGAUUGAUUUUUUUCACUACGACAAGUACACUGACUGGAAAGUUUUAAAUUGUGAUGAUAUCGUAGUUAAAAAUCUCUUGCAGAGUCAAAAUUAUAACAUGCUCACUACUAUUGAGGGAAGUCGUGGAGUUGAAGCAGCCGAAUGCAUCUGUAUAAUUGAAAGCAAUGAUUGCAAGUUAAAACAUUUGACGUUAGAAGCAAUGUCCAGAGCGACACAAAAACUGGUCCUUGUUUCAGCGUCCAACGUCUACCAAUCGGAUACAGUAAAAUCAUCAACUGGUCAUAUCAUCAGUAAACUGUUAACUGAACAUCUGGUUGAAUACAAUGUAGAAGUCUCAAACGAUGAAGAUACAGAAAUACCGUUCACAAAGUCUAUGGAAAGUAACAAUAAAAUAGUUUUUAACAUAAAACCACAAUAUUGGAAAUUCAAAGAAAUGAUAAAAGAUUUGGAACAUAUUGGUUUUCAGGUGACGGAUGAACGCCUAAAUGCGCAUGAGAUCGUUAGGAAAAACCUUUAUCCUCCUGGAAAAGUGAGCAAUAUAAUUUGCUCAUAUUUGUCACGUAAAUCAUGCAUAUUGAGAUGGCAAAAGGACGCUAAUAAAUACACCGUUAGAAGACAAGAAAGUAAAAAUUCAACCUGGAAUAACUUAGCAACUGACAUUUCUUGCAAUCAAUACAUCGUUGAUGACAUGGUAUUUGGUGAAACGUGCAAGUUUUGUGUUGUUGCUAAAAAUCAUCUUGGUGUAUCUGAUGACAGCAUUGUGUCUUAUCGUCACGAACUUCCAAACGUCAAGGGUGUCCAAUUUGGAGAUAUCGUGGAAAUUAUUAAAUCUAACGAUAUCGAGAAACUGAAAAAAUUACUAUCCAUUCAUCCAAACAUCGUUCACAUGAGAGAUGAAGAUGAAUACACACCAUUGAUGUGGACAGUAUAUAACACCAACAAUACAUCAAUGGUGGAAAUACUCAUCUCAUAUGGGAGUGAUGUUUGGGCGGAAGAUAGAUGGCAAAACAGUUAUCAUUUCGCUGCAUCAUAUGAUCGUCACACAAUAUUAGAUAUGUUAUGUCGACAUGAUGUAACAAACAUCAACCGUGGAAAUGUUUACAACCACACACCAUUAUAUUGUGCUGUAAAUAAUGGUCACAUCUCAUGUGUUGAUGUUUUGUUGCGUUAUGAAAAUAUUGAUGUGACGAUCGAAGAUGAAGAUGGAAGAACAGCUUAUGAUGUUGUUGGAUGGAUGAAUGAACAAAACCGGAAAAUAAUAAGACGAAAAAUAAAAGAAUACGAAGACAGGACGAAGUAAAUAUUUCAAAUGAUUUUGUUUUGAAAAACAACAAUCAGUUUGUGAGAUGAGGAACGAGUCAAUUUUUUAGUUUUAUUUUAUAUUGUAAUAAAUUUAUUUGUAGUAAAACGUACUGAAACAUUUUUCUGUUCGAUUUUUAUCAAGCCUUGUUUCGUUUAUAUUUCAUUCAGGAAGCGACACAUGUCAAAGGUCACGUGUUUUUUUAAACUGUCUCAAACUUGCCGCAUGGUGCAAUGUAGAGUGAAUCUUAUUUAUUACAAACGUCAACUGAUAUACUUUCUCAACCUCGUCCCCAAGUCUUGUUAGGCCUUUAUAUUUUGAAGGCCCUGGCUGGUCACGUGACGACAGAAUACCCACGUAUAGUGGGUAUUUUGAAAAUAAUUAUUUGUCUCGCUCUUCCAAAAUAUACACAAGCAGUCAAGAAAAAAAUGAAAGAACUGACACAAUUAUUUAGAAUGGUUAAAAUAAUAUUAAUAAGAAAAAAAUUAUAUAUAUUUUUAUAUAAAUAUUUUUAUAUAAAUAUUUUUAUAUAAAUAUUUUUAUAUUGUAAAAAUUAUUUUUAUUUAUUUAUAAUAAUAUUUUUUAAUGUAUAAAAGAACUGUUAAUAAAUAUUGUAUAAUAUAUUAAACAUUCACACUUG